UUCAGUCGCUGGCAAUGGCGACGAGUCCUCGCCUUUUCCUCUUCCUAUUCCUCUUCCUCUUUGCCACUGUUGUCACAGCGGCGCAAAAUGUCACCUACGACGCCCGCUCCCUCAUCAUCGACGGCGAGCGCAGGCUCAUCAUCUCCGGCUCCAUUCACUACCCUCGCAGCGUCCCUUCCAUGUGGCCCGGUCUCGUAGCGGAGGCAAAAGAGGGCGGCUUGAAUGCCAUCGAUACCUACGUCUUCUGGAACGGUCACGAGCCCUCCCCCGGCAAUUAUUAUUUCGAGGAUCGUUUUGAUUUGGUAAAGUUUGCGAAGAUCGUCCGAGACGCUGGCUUGUAUAUGAUCCUCCGUAUCGGGCCUUUUGUAGCAGCAGAGUGGACUUACGGGGGAAUUCCUGUUUGGUUGCACUAUGUUCCGGGGACUGUUUUCCGCACAAACAAUGAGCCUUUCAAGUGGUAUAUGGAGAGGUUCGUCACUUAUAUAGUCAAUCUGAUGAAGCGAGAGCGACUGUUUGCAUCACAAGGAGGCCACAUCAUUUUGGCCCAAAUUGAAAAUGAAUAUGGCUAUUCUGAAAGCUACUUUGGAGACGAGGGGAAGCUAUAUGCGAUGUGGGCUGCCCAUAUGGCACUCAAUCAAGGAACUGGUGUGCCUUGGGUUAUGGGUCAGCAAGAUGAUGCCCCUGAUCCGGUGAUCAAUACUUGCAACUCAUUUUAUUGUGAUCAAUUCACACCAAAUUCUCCUAGCAAGCCAAAAUUGUGGACCGAAAAUUGGCCAGGAUGGUUCCAUUCAUUUGGGGAUCCAGAUCCUCAUAGACCACCUGAGGAUAUUGCAUUUGCUGUUGCUCGCUUCUUCGAGAAGGGUGGUUGCCUGCAAAACUAUUACGUGUAUCAUGGAGGAACACAUUAUGGUCGCACUACGGGCGGACCAUUCAUCACUACAAGCUAUGAUUAUAAUGCUCCAAUAGACGAGUAUGGGUUACCAAGGCUUCCAAAAUGGGGUCAUCUAAGGGAGCUCCACAAAUCUGUAAAAUUAUGUGAACAUACUUUACUUUAUGGCAAGUCAACAUUUAUUUCAGCCGGGCCUCUUCAAGAGAUUGAUGUCUAUGAAGACCAAUCGGGCGGGUGCGUUGCCUUCCUUGCUAACGUGGAUGAACAAGAAGAUAAAUCGAUCACAUUUAGGAACGUUACAUAUAGUGUUCCACCCUGGUCAGUUAGCAUCCUUCCAGAUUGCAAGAAUGUUGUGUUUAACACUGCCAUGGUCAAGUCCCAAACCUCUGUAGUGGAAAUGGUCCCGGAAAACUUGAAAGUGUAUAGCAAUUCAUCAUUUGGUUCAGGGGCUUGGCAAGUUUACAUGGAGAAAGUUGGGCUUUGGGACAAACCUGACUUUGUGCUGUUUGGACUUGAAGAUCAUAUUAACAUAACAAAAGAUACAACUGAUUAUCUUUGGUAUACAACAAGUUUUUAUGUUGAUAAAAGUGAAGAUAACCUUGGAGAUGGGAGUAGUCCAAUUCUCUCAGUCGCAUCUCUGGGUCAUGCUUUUAUUGUUUUCAUAAAUGGUGAACUUCAAGGUAGCUCUUAUGGUAAAUACGGAUAUCUACCAUUGAACUUUGAGGCUCCUGUUACCAUAAAGCCAGGGAAAAAUGAAAUUGCUAUUCUCAGUAUGACUAUUGGAAUGUAUAACGCAGGACCUCUUUACGAAUGGGAAGGUGCAGGAUUAACCAGUGUCAAUAUUUCUGGAACCGGCAAUGGAAGCUUAAACUUGUCGCCAUAUUCAUGGGAGUACAAGAUCGGGUUGGAAGGAGAACACUAUAGUAUCUUUAACACGAACAGCAACACUGAUAUCAAGUGGAUACCGAAAUCAGAACCACCGACAAAUCAAUCUCUGAUUUGGUACAAGGUGGCCGUGGAUCCGCCUGAAGGGAAGGAACCCGUCGCGCUCGAUAUGGUAUCCAUGGGAAAAGGCCACGUUUGGGUGAAUGGAAAAUCUAUCGGACGAUACUGGCUCGUUGCAAGUUCUAUAUCUGACAAUUGCACUCCUCAUUGCAAUUACACAGGCACAUUUGAACCUGACAGAUGCCUGACAGGAUGUGGACAGCCCACUCAAAGAUGGUACCAUAUCCCGAGAUCGUUCUUUAAGCCAUCAGGUAACACGUUGGUCAUUUUUGAAGAGAAAGGUGGGGAUCCUACGAGGAUCACUUUUGCGAGAAGGCAAGAGACCAAGAUCUGUGGGUUUGUGUCGGAUGACCAUCCCCAAGUAGACUUGGAAAACUGGGAAGUUCACAGCAAACGGAAUGCAGCAGGAGCUGCGAUGCAUUUGAAGUGCCCUGAGGGAAGCUCUGUAUCCUCCAUAACGUUUGCGAGUUUCGGUAACCCUACUGGAACAUGCAGCUCGUACCGCCGAGGGAGCUGCCAUUACCCCAACUCUGUUUCUGUCACUGAAAAGGCAUGCCUUCACAAAGAUAAGUGUUCUAUCGCAUUCAAGGGCGAGAGCUUCACUGAAGACUUGUGCCCUGGCACAGCCAAAGCCAUGGCUGUUGAAGCUGCAUGCAACUGAGUAGAUUAGUUGUUGGUUCAGACUUCUGAGGUGACCAAGAGAAGCAAAAAUAAAAAUAACAAAACUUUGGACGUGUAAAGUGAAUUGUCCUUUUAAAAUGAAUCCCACCGAAUUUGUUCAUUGGAUAA